CAAAGAAUCAUAUUAUCAUUCGCAUUCACUUUAGGAUCUCUUCCCAUGAUAUGGAAUACAGAUGAACAAGGACCGAACAUUACCCUAGUUAUCCUCCAGUAGCAGUGCAACAUCACCUUGUCUCCACCCAGGUAACAGUGACAUCUGGAAAGGGGCUUAGUGUGAAGGAAGGAGACGUGAAACGAAACCUUUCGUCUUCACUUCAGUUUAACGCCAUGACCCAAUCACCAUGUCGCGUAAAGCGCACAAAGAGGAUCUUCCCAACGAAAGCUCCGCAGCAACCUACGACUACGAAACUAUCCACCCUUGAUGCAUCAGUUGCGCGAUUCGCAGCAUGCAGCGCCAUCUGGCUCUACGAUAGGACCGAGGAUAUCGAUGCGCACGAUCCUACGGUGUCUGAACGCCUAGAGGAUGCGCUGGGGAGGACUUUAGAUGAUUACCCACAUUUCUCGGGGCAGCUCCGAUGGGCUUCUAAGGAUGAUGUGGAGAAUGACAUCAAUCCACGGUACAUCGGUCGACCGAUUAUCACAUACGGCGCGCCUGAAGACCCCGGAGUUGAGUUGGUCGUCGCUGAGGACACCCGGGAGCUUAGCGCCGUGGUGCCGAGUCAGGAGGAGAGGUUGACGACGAAGCAGAUCUGGAACGCAACAGACUUCCCGCAGAACGACUUCCAGCCCAAAACCGAGCUCGCGUUCUCCGAUCUAACACGAUUCAAGGGUCUGCCGGGCGUCGCCAUCCAAUUGACAGCAUUCAAAUGCGGAGGCUACGCCGUGAGCAUCAAGCUGACUCACUGCCUCUCCGAUGCGAUGUGUCUCAUGCAAUUCACCCACGCAUGGGCAGCGCAGUCACGGCCUCUCUUCCAAAAAGCCCAGACCGGCGCCGAAGAGCGGAUAGUACCACUAUUAGAUCCCUCGCGGCUAGACCAGUACGGCAACAUAACAGCAACCCCCGAUCCCGCAAAAGUCAAGAAAGCCAGGGCCUUGCCCAUGCACCGGUACAACUGGUGGACUCAAGACACCCCAGGCUACCCUUCCUGGGCCGAAGUUUCCACAAACGGCACAAAACCACCCGCGGAAGAACUAGCUAAGCUAGAACUAAGUCCAUCCACCUUCCCGCCCUGGCAGACGUGGGACAUGGCAGCCCCAGUAGAACACGUGCAAAUCCGAUUCCCAGCCUCCGCCGUCGCGGCCAUGAAAAAAGCCGCAGAAGCCAGUCUUCCCGAAUCCCUGAAAACACAGCGUAUCUCGCGCCUCGACUCCGUGUUGGCGCAUCUCUGGAUCCUCAUCAACCGCGCGCGCCGGCACGAGAAUACGCCGGAUGACGUGUACAUGAACAUCACGCUCGGAGUGCGCGGGCGGGUCGAUCCGCCUCUCCCCGACACCUUCGCGGGGUCCCCGAUCCUGCUGGGCUACAUCGCGAAGUCGGGCUCCGAGGCGACGGGCACUACGAUCGGGGACGUGGCGGGGUCGAUACGGGCGACGAUGGCGCGGUUUACGCCGGAUGCGGUGGGAGCGUAUAUCCAUGACGCGGCGUACGAGGUCAGUCCGCAGCGGCUGUGGCAGGCUUUUCUGGGGUCGAGACAUGUGCUUGUGACGUCGUGGGUGCGGGCGCGGGCUUAUGAGGUUGAUUUCUGUGCGGUGGGGGGGUUGGCGAGGUAUGUCCAGGGAGUUAUGCCGAGGAUGGAUGGGUUGGUGCAGGUUGUGGAUGUGGGCGGGACGGGGGAUUUGGAUGUUAGUGUUUGUCUGGAGAGGGAGACGAUGCGCAGGUUUUUGGGGGAUGGGAUGUUGGGGGUUUAUGGGAUUUGA